ACCUCUCCUUCAUUUGUCCCUUGCUCCAUGACUCUUCUGCUAACUCAACUUCUCGGUCUACAACGGAGAAACUUAUAAACAAAUAAAGUAAAGCUCAUUGAGAUCUUCAAGGAAAGCCGUAUUCUUCUUCUUGUUAAUCCUGAGAUUUUUCUACAGUUCAUCUUGAUCGCCAUUUUGCUGGGAACAAAGCGAACUCCAUUUCACCAUUUCUCCAACCAUAAUUGAGCAAAAGAGAUGAGAGAGACAAGAGAUGGAAUGAAGGCUGACAGGUUUUCAAGAUCUGCAUCUGCCGACUCUGAUCCGCUUGUUCUUGACAUAGAUGAUUUUAAGGGGGCUUUCUCCUUUGAUGGCUUGUUUGGUAACUUGGUGAAUGAGAUAUUGCCUUCUUAUCAAGAAGAAGAAUCAGAUUCCGCGGAAGGGCAUGGAAAUGGUGUUGGGAGUGAUGCUCUACCAAAUGGGAAUUUGCGAGCACCACCAGAUGCGGGAAAGUCAGCACAAGGACUGUCAAGUCCCCUAUUCCCUGAAGUUAAUGCUUUAUUAUCCUUAUUUAAGAAUUCUUGUAAACAAUUGGUCGAUCUCAGAAAACAGGUUGAUGAGAACCUUAGUGAUCUUAAAAAGGAAGUUGUUGUCCAAGAUUCAGAGCACCGGAAGACACUUUCUGAGCUGGAAAAAGGUGUAGACGGAUUGUUUGAUAGCUUUGCACGGUUGGACUUGCGUAUAUCUAGUGUGGGUCAGACGGCUGCCAAAAUAGGAGAUCAUCUACAGAGUGCAGAUGCUCAGAGAGAAGUUGCUAGUCAGACGAUAGAGCUUAUAAAGUACUUGAUGGAGUUCAAUGGCAGUCCAGGAGACCUGAUGGAACUUUCUCCUUUAUUUUCUGAUGAUAGUCGUGUUGCGGAAGCUGCUUCGAUUGCUCAAAAAUUAAGAUCAUUUGCUGAGGAUGAUAUUGGAGGACAAGCCAUGACCAUCUCAGCUGUCGGUAAUGCAACUGCGAGUAGAGGACUGGAAGUUGCUGUUGCCAAUCUCCAAGAAUACUGCAAUGAGCUGGAAAACAGAUUACUAUCUCGAUUUGAUUUGGCUUCACAGAAACGUGAGCUGUCUACAAUGCGGGAAUGCGCUAAAAUUUUGUCACAGUUUAACCGGGGUACCAGUGCUAUGCAACACUAUGUGGGAUUAUGUCCAAUGUUCGAUCUGGAGGUCAUGAAUGCAGAUGCUGAAUUGGUUCUUGGAGAUCAGGGUGCACAACCCAGCCCUAGCAAUGUUGCACGUGGUCUUUCUUCAAUUUUUAAAGAGAUUACAGAGACAGUGCGCAAAGAAGCAGCCACAAUAGCAGCUGUUUUUCCGUCCCCAAAUGAUGUAAUGUCAAUACUAGUUCAGCGUGUCUUGGAGGAUCGUGUUCCAAAGCUACUUGAGAAACUCUUACUGAAACCGUCUCUUGUUAGUCCACCUGCCAUGGAAGAAGGAGGACUUAUAUUAUAUCUCAGAUUGCUAGCCGUGGCAUAUGAGAAGACACAAGAGCUAGCUAGGGACUUGCGUGGUGUAGGGUGUGGCGACCUGGAUGUUGAAGGUUUAACGGAAUCCCUGUUUCUACCCCACAAAGAUAUAUACAUUGAGUACGAGCAGGCCUCUCUUAGACAACUCUACAAAGCUAAGAUGGAGGAGCUACGUGCUGAAGGCCAGCAAUCCUCCGAGUCAUCUGGGACAAUUGGACGCUCAAAAGGUGCUUCAAUGGCAUCCUCUCACCAGCAAAUUUCUGUUACUGUGGUGACAGAGUUCGUUCGUUGGAAUGAAGAAGCAGUAUCCAGAUGCACUUUGUUUUCAUCACAGCCUGCUGCAAUUGCUGCUAAUGUAAGGGCUGUUUUUACAUGCCUUCUGGACCAAGUGAGCAUAUACAUAACUGAAGGUCUUGAAAGAGCCAGAGACAGUCUCACUGAGGCUGCUGCUUUAAGGGAAAGAUUUGUACUUCCUAGUGUAAGUCGAAGGGUUGCUGCUGCAGCUGCUUCCGCGGCAGAAGCAGCAGCUGCUGCUGGUGAAAGCAGUUUCAGAUCUUUCAUGGUUUCUGUGCAACGCUGUGGGAGCAGUGUGGCUAUUGUGCAGCAAUAUUUUGCAAACUCUAUAUCUCGACUUUUACUGCCUGUGGAUGGUGCGCAUGCUGCUUCUUGUGAAGAAAUGGCUACAGCUAUGUCAAGUGCAGAGGGUGCUGCUUAUAAGGGGCUUCAGCAGUGUAUUGAAACUGUUAUGGCAGAGGUGGAACGUGUACUGUCAACUGAACAAAAAGUCGCAGAUUAUCGAUCACCUGAUGACAGCAUUGUCCCAGACCAUCGGCCAACACAAGCUUGUUCAAAAGUUGUCGCAUACCUUUCAAGGGUGCUUGAAUCGGCAUUCACAGCGCUGGAAGGGCUUAACAAACAAGCCUUUUUGACUGAAUUGGGGAAUCGUUUACACAAAGGCUUGCUUAAUCAUUGGCAAAAGUUCACCUUCAAUGCAAGUGGAGGAUUGCGUUUGAAGCGUGAUAUAACAGAGUAUGGGGAGUUUGUUCGUAGUUUCAAUGCACCUUCAGUUGAUGAGAAAUUUGAACAGUUGGGCAUCAUGGCAAACGUGUUUAUUGUUGCACCUGAAAGUCUAUCAACACUCUUUGAGGGAACCCCGAGCAUUAGGAAAGAUGCACAGAGGUUCAUUCAGCUUCGGGAGGACUACAAGAGUGCAAAAAUUGCAGCGAGACUCAGCUCCUUAUGGCCUAGCUCUAGUUAGAACAAAAGUUAAUGAGCUUUUACAAUAGUGGUGAGCUGGAUAGAGCUAUACAGUUGUUCGGUGAGGGCUUUCCACCUCCUAUAUUUGUCGUCUUUUACCUGAGCUCGAAGAUAGAGAAAUGUUGCUAAUUCAGAGUAAUUCAUCCUUGAAAGUUCAUAUGCAACCCCUAGCCCCUUCUGUGUAAUCAUCAUUUAUUGUUUUCUUCACGAUCUGCUCGUGUAUGUUGUGGAACUAGGUAUCGAACAUGCGUAUGUUUUUGCUAAUUGUGACUAGUUUGUUUAUAUGCUAGGUAUGCAUUUGUAUUGUUAAAAGUAGAUGAGACGAAUGUACCAGUUUUGUUGUUAUAGAUUCUGAUUGUCCUAUACUUUAUAGAAGUUGUUGCAGUAAAGGUUAUCUUCUUUACUA